AUGAACGAGUCUGCGGACGUCGAGCAGCGAGCAGCAGACAUCCACACACCAUCGGUGCAGCCUUUAACAACUAUACCAGCACCACCAUGGGUUGGUCCAGGGCUUUCUUCUUCUGGUGCUCAUGCACCUGUUGUGUGUGCUUACCCUUCUGCAUCAGAUUUACAUUUGCAAUUGAGACAGUCAUACGUCCACCAAAUCGUGGAAGAGUUGGAGGCAGAGGUUCAACAGCAGCAGCAGCAGCAGAAAUAUCCUCAUUUGGUCCGCGGCGGGUUCCAGCCGCGCCUUCCGACUUCGCUGCCGCCCCCAGGACAGCAGCAGCAGCCGUCGCCGCUACCACGCCGACAGCCCGUCCCGUUGAUGCCUCCCGCGCAGCUUCAUCCGGGAGCGCCCCAGGUGGUCGCUCCGGCGCCUGCGGUCCCUCUUCCGUCGCCACCGCCUUCGGAGCUGAUGGACGUCGACCCCUCAGCCGGGCCGCCUUCCCCAGCGGUGGCUGUGCAGCCUGUCCUGCAGCCGCUUUCCUUGGGCACCCCCAAGGAGUCUGACACCGCAGCGCCUUGUCCGGCGCCCACUCAGCAGCCGUCGACGCAGCGUCAGGAGACGCUGCCUCUCUUCUUCGGUCCGACCACAAGCAACGGUGCACGCAGGCCAGGCGGUGGCACGCUACAAGACGAGAGAUAG